AUGCCGCUUUUGGUAAUGAUUUGAGAAUACCACUCGAAGAAAUUUUCUUCUUUUUUUACCUCUAAUCCUAAUCUCGUUUUACCGACAUCUACAUCUUUUAUACCUUCGUUCUUAUUUGUUUCUUUGUUCGAUGUAUUCUUUUGUUUAGAAGUAUCUUCUUUUUUCUUCUUCUUGGACGUUACGUCGGAUCUUAUUGGCUUCCAUUCUUGACCGGUUAAUGUUUUGUAAUUAUCUUUCAAAUCUAGUAGAAUUUUUACCUCUUGAUCGAUGAUACUUUUAUCUGCUUUAGCUUCUUUUAAUUCUCUUACUUUGUCUCCUUGUUUUUGUAUUUUUUCUGGAAGCACAGUGCUUGCUGGAUUAGCGGACGACGGUUUCCAAUCUUGACCGGUAACUGAUUCGUAUUCUGACUUUAAAGCUAAAUGUUUCUUUGCCUCUUCGUCGAUAUCUUUAUCUGCUUUAGCUUCUUUCAAUUGUCUCGCUUCGUCUUCUUGUUUUUGUAUUUUUUCUGGAGGUACAGUGCUUGCUGGAUUAGCGGACGACGGUUUCCAAUCGUGACCGGUAACUGAUUUGUACUCUGACUUUAAAGCUAAAAGUCUCUUCACCUCUUCGUCGAUGAUACUUUUUUCUGCUUUUGAACUUUUUAAAUGUCUUACUUUAUCUCCUUGUUUUUGAAUUUCGUUAAAUAAUUUUUGAUUAACGUGUGAUUCUAUUGAUAUGUUUUGUGCUAUAUUUUGACCUUUUAUUCCGUUCCACUCGUUACCAGUUAUAUUUUUAUAUUCAACUUUUAAAGCCAAAUAAGCUUUUAUCUCUGGAUCAAUUGUACGUUUGCAUUGUAUAUAAUCUGUUUGUUCGAUAAUUUUAGACAAUAUUUUAGCUAAUAGCUGAUUAAUUUUUUGAUCCAGUAAACCUGCAUUUAGCAUUUGUUUCUGAAACGAUAACGGUAAGAAAAAUAUUUACGUAAAUGUUAAUGUAACGUGUAUAUUAUUAACUUUUGAUUGCAAAAACAAAAUGAUACGUACAUUUUCUUGAGAUAUUUCUUUAACUGGUGUCGAUUUGUUAAUAUUUGAUGUAGUUUCGGUAGACCUUGUUACGUCUGUAGCAUGGCCAUCUGGAAUGUAAAAUAAUAUUAAAGGCUGUUCUCUAGAGGAAAAUGGACUGAUAGCAGCAUAAGGUACAUCGCAUCUAAAAAAUCCUUUUCUUUGUAACUGAAUUAUUUCUCCUUUUUCGACACGUUUUAAUGCUACUUCUCCGAGCAUUCGUACUUCAGUCUGAAAAUAUUUACUAUAUUUUUAUUCUGUUUCUUAAAUUAUUUAUGAUUAUCGCAAAUGGUAAAAACUUACUCUCGUUUCUUUUGCAACAAAAUCUUUGUAAUCAUCGUCCUUUCCCAAUACUGGUUUACGUAUAAUAUGAUUAAAGUAAACGGUAUAGCAUGGAAUUAGAUUAACUUUAUUAACGUCAUCUUCAUUUUCAGAAGAUGCCGAUAACCAUGUAAUUUUUAAUGUAUUUUUAUAAUCUUUGUUUUCUAAAUUUAGUUGUGCUGUUAUUUGUUUGAUAACGUUAUUCUCUUUUUCAAUUUUUUUUAUUAAUACGUUACCCCAAUUAAUGAGGGUAAUAUUUUGACCUUCGAUCAACAAGUUUGCAUCGUUUCUUUCUAUGUAUAAUUGUGAUCCUACCGAUACUUGUUUAGUUCCUUUUGAUAUAUUUUUCGGAUGAUUCUGAACAGCCAACCAUUCCUCUUUCGCGUCGUUUAUAUGUAGGGAUACAAGUUUAUCAGAUUCUAAAGCGGUAUAUCUAAAAAUCGAUAUUAUAUAAAUUAGUUGUGCAAAUAUUUUUCGUAAAAACGUUUCAUUGUUACGUUUCAUAUAUACCUAGUAGCGAUUGGAUCAAUGACUUUUUUGUUAAAUGCCCAUAUUUUAUCCCACUCCAUGAAAACGACAGACUUUGAACUACCUUGGGCAAUGAUAAACUGUUUUAAUCCUUCGACUGUCAUCCCUCUUCUCAAAAUACCCCUUACUGUUGGAAAACGUGGAUCAUUCCAACCAUCGACUAAACCUUGAUCGACAAACCAAGUUAAUUUUCUUUUUGACAAAACUGUGUGUGUCAUAUUUAAACGUGAAUAUUCCCAUAUGUAAGGUCGUCUCAAUCCUAGUGCAUCGAUUAUCCAGUAAAAUUGAACAUCUCUGUCGUGAUAUUCUGUUGUACGCAAAGUAUGAGUAAUGUUUUCAACAGCAUCGACGAUAGGACAAGCAAAAUCAUACGUUGGAUAAACUCUAUGUAAAAAAUUAUGAUAUAAUCAAGUAUAGAAGAAAUGAAAUAUUUGUGAUUUCUUUUAAAUUUUUAACAUCCAUACUUGUAUUUUGCGCCAGUACGAGGAUGCGGUUGUAGUUUACACCUAUAAAUCGUUGGAUCUCGUAAACAUCCGUUUGUCGAUUGAUAAUCAAUUUUUGCUCUGACGCAACAUUCCUGGCCUUUAACGGAACCUUGUUGCAUCUCAUUCCAUAAUUCAAGAUUCUUUUCAAUAGCUAAUGGAACAAAUAACUUUUUUUAAACAGAUUUCUCUUCGUUUAAAUUAUUUCGAAAAUAUCGUGCUAUUUUUAUUUCAACUCUACACUUACAAUUAUUUCUAUUUGAUGACAUUAAUUUCUGAUCACGUUGUUCUUUCAUUAUAUCAGCUGGUGUAUCAUCUAUAUAUGCCUUGCCAUCUUUUAUCAAUUUGGCACAGUACUCCAACAUUAAGUCAAAAUAAUCAGAAGAAUGACUAAAUUUAUCUGGCUUGAUUUGCAGUAACUCUAAAUCUUCUAAAAUAGCUUUUUCAAAUUCUACAUUUUCUUUUGCAGGGUUUGUAUCGUCGAAUCUCAUGAUGAGCUGUCCUUGAAAUUUUUGUGCAUAAUAUUGAUUUAACAAGGCAGCCUUAGCAUGGCCAAUGUGUAAGUAGCCGCUUGCUUCUGGUGGGAAACGUACUAUGACCUGGUAAUAAAUAAAUUUAUACAGAUUAUAUACAUUAUCUCUGCAUAAAGAGAUUGUUUCAAAUGUAAAUUACUUACUUUACCCAUUUCUGCGCCAGGCAAAUUAAUAAAUUUACCUUCCUGUUUUCUUUGUCCUGUUUGUUUAGUCAUAGUUUUUUCAGAUGGUGCGUUAUUAUCAGAAGACGAUAUAGCAUUCUUUUCAACUGAACUUAAUACUUCUGUCACAGUUUGCAACGAAAGCAUCUGUUUGUACCAUCUGGUUAUACUAAUAAAUUCUUUUUCAAACUGUGUCAGAAAUUUCUUAUCUACAAGAGCACAAAAUAUAUGGAUAUCAGCAAUUGUUAAUUUUUUAGAGACCAACCAAGUAUUUGUGGUUAAUGUGUUAUCUAAAUAAGAAAGUGCAUCUUCCUUCAAAGGAUAAGAUCCUAGAGGUCCAAUUGCAAAUGAUAACCAAUGAUCAACUUGAGUCUUCUCACAAGGAUUGACACCACCUGUGUUAAUCGUGUAGCAAAUAUAAGCGAUAAAGAAAAAUCUGCAUGUACGUCGUAAGAGAAAUUCAACUUAUGUUUACCAUAAAGAUUUGUACAUAUAGUUCUAGCAAAGUAACGACUAACGUCGUUGCUUUUUUUUCCCAAUACUUUAUUCCGAUUAUCAGUUAGUUGUAUAUUUCCAUCGCACUUCCAAUCGCUGCACCAAAUUAUUUCAAUUUUUUCUUUAUUUUGGGAAUUGAUUAUUUCUACUACUAUUAAUGCAUCUAUACAAAUUAAAACAUCAGUUGUCAAUUUAAUAUAAUUUUAUUAAAAAAAAAAAAGAAUAUAUAUAACAGUACUGUUUUAUCAAUGAAAAAAUAAUUUCAAUAUUAGCGUCGAUGUAUGGUUAAGCCUUUUAGCAUCUGUUUUCUAAAUUAUUUUUGACGUAUAGUUAAAUUUACUGUAUUUGGAAUGAAACUGUGUUACGAUAAAACUUACCUAUCGGUGGAUUUUUAGGAUCAACUGUAACUUUGUAAGUCAUUUUUGUUGAAAUUAUGCUUAAAUAAAAAUUACAUUCAUAAGUAUAUUCGCCCGUGUCAAAACCUCUCCACGUUUGCGACAGUAUCUAACUCUCACGCUACUUCGCUACUACUAUUUCUGGACGCAUGCGCGUGUCUACACACACGCGUAGAGAAAAUUAUUCUGAAGAAGAAGUACUAUAAAUUAGAUAUAUGUAAUGUGAUAAGUUAUCUUUUUAUAAUUAAGAUUUAAAAUUAAGAUUAAGAAUUAUUCGGGAACUAUAGGAUAUAAAUUACUUGUCGAUGAUAAAUUUCAAACUAUAGAACUAAGGUGUGUAAUUUCAAAUAUGUACGUAUAUUCAUAACCAUUUUAAACAUAGAUGGUUGCGAUGGUUGCUAUUUUUUAUUUAAAAAUAUAAGAAAUUACAUAUUUAAAGAUAUUAGCGAAAGUAAAUUACAUAUCAUUUUUAAACAUCGAAUAUUUAAUUUUCUUUUCUUCUUUAUGAAUUCGUUAUUUCAGUUUUCUCUGUAAACAGUUAUCUUCUUUCGUUUUUGAUUGGAUUAAUAGCAACGUUGAUCCUGUUCUUAAUAAUCUUUGGUAACAACUAUAUAGCACUAGAUUUUUACGCAUAUAGAUGCGUGAAUAUGUACGUACUAUGUAAAACGAUAGAUUCAUUGAUUCGUUUAAAAUUUCUCUAUGAUAUAUCAUAGGUUUUUAAUAAAUUUUCACCAAUAUUCUCGAUAUUUUAAUAGGUUUUUCGAUUAUCUACUAAUUGGAAUUUAGGUAAGUAGCCGACGUGUAACGAUAUGUAACAAGUAGAAAUAUACGCAAAGGUGGGUCGGUCACCUGGAGAUAACUGUAAAAUGUCAUCAACGAAUGUGUGUCAGGCAUGGACUUGACGCUGUUCAGUGACACUCGUGGGAUCUGUUGUCAUAAUAAUUAUGUUUCGUCAAUGUUAAUUUGAUCGGGGAAAAGAUAACUAUCUUGGUACAGAAUCUUCUGUUGAUUAAUUUAAACGUGUAUGUAAGAUAAUAUUUAUUUAAACGAAACAUGCUUUACUUAGUAUAGAUAAUGGAUAAUUGCAUUUUCUUCUAAUAUGUUAUGAAUAUAUUAAUAUAUAUUCGUGUUUAAUUUUCGUUUACGAUGCAACAAGAUUAUCGUUGAAUUUAAUUUAAUGGUAUUAAAUAUCAAUUGAUUCAACGUGUGUUAUUCGUUGUCUGUUAUACGAUAAUUAUUUAAUUAAAUCAAAUAAAAAAGUAUAUAUUUAUGCAUAUUUUUAAUUUUAUGCAUGUGCUUAAUUUUUAAUAGAAAUUCUGCAAACAUUUACAAAUGUUUAUAGAUGCAUAGAAAAGUAUAUGAAGAUUAGUAUUUUAAGUAGUAUUAAUCUUUACAUUCUUGUUUUAGUUUGUGGUUUAUAGACAUUUGAUGUCGUAUAAUUCAAAUAUCAAAGAUUUACUAAUUUAUUUUUUAUUACAGAUAAAACAAUUAAUAUGGAGGGACCAGAAAUAACAUUUUUAUUCCAGUUUGGUUUAACUCGUGAUACUGUUACAGUUGAAAGCAGUACAUUGACUCUCAAGACUCUUAAAGAAUUUGCUUGCGACUUUAUAAAUACAAAGUGUCCGGAACAUGGUUUAAAUCAUUUAUUUGAACGAUUGCUUUUAUUUAAGCAUGACUAUAAUUCCACUAAUAUCUUACAACUUAUUACAAACGCCACUGAAGUUGUUGAUGAGACAUUGGUAGAAAUUGUUUUGACUGCACAAGUGCCAAAUGAAGAAGUUCCCAUUCGUCCCCAUGCUUUAACUGUUCAUUCGUAUAAAGUUCCAACGUUUUGCGAUUUUUGUGGAGAAAUGUUAUUUGGUCUUGUUCGCCAAGGUCUAAAAUGUGAAGGUUGUGGAAUGAAUUAUCAUAAAAGAUGUGUUAUAAAAAUACCUAAUAAUUGCUCACAUGAUGCCAGUCAAAGACGGCGUAGUUCUGCAAUGUUAAAUGUACCAAGGUCUCCGAGUCAAGGAUCUACUAGUAGUUUGACCAGCAUUAGUGAUGAUAAUCAUAGUACAAAUAAUACACCGAAUGCAAGUCAAAAUAACAGUACUUUGACAAUACCAAGUAUAAUGGCACCGAAACAAUCUCGCUCUCCUUCAUUGGGAGGACGACCAGUGUGGGUUGAACGAGAACUUGCAACACGUAUAAAAAUUCCACAUACGUUUGUGGUACAUACUUAUACCAGGCCAACUGUAUGUGGAUAUUGUAAAAAAUUAUUACGAGGGUUAUUUAAACAAGGCCUACAAUGCAAAGAUUGUCAAUAUAAUGCACACAAGAAGUGUAUAGAAAAAAUACCUAAAGACUGUACUGGAGAAAAUCCACGUGACAAUACAGGUAACGAAUAUCCUGAUAGCGGUGUCGGCAGUGAACCAGAAGGAAAAUGCGAUGGUAGAAAUGAAGAGGGCGAUGGUGAUAGCGAUGCCGAAUCUCCUUCACCUCCUCAGCACUCAUCUUUUGUAGUAGAUGAAACAAAAGCAUCUGAUGAAUUUACUUUCUACACCAAGCAAUAAUAUUCCUCUGAUGCGCAUAGUGCAAAGUGUUAAACAUACAAAACGACGUGGUUCGAAAGUUUUGAAAGAAGGUUGGAUGGUACAUUUUACAAACCGUGAUCCAAUGCGGAAAAAACAUUAUUGGCGCCUUGAUACAAAAGCUAUAACAUUAUUCCAAAAUGAAAAUAGUUCCAAAUAUUACAAAGAAAUUCCAUUAGUUGAAAUAUUGUCUAUUGAAACUGCUGAGACAUCUCGUUCACAAACGAUGCAUUGUUUUGAGUUAAAAACUGCCAAUAUUGAUUAUUAUGUUGGAGAAGAUCCUUCGUAUGGAGAAAACUGUAGUCAAGUUCCUCCACCAGAAAGUGGUAUUGGAGCACAUAUAGCUAGGUCAUGGGAAACGAGUAUUAGGCAAGCGUUGAUGCCUGUAACUGUAUCAGUCAGUCAAGAAGAAUCUACAGAACCCGAAGAAAAUGUUACCGAUAUGUCUCAAUUGUAUGAGAUCUUUCCAGAUGAAGUUUUAGGUUCUGGACAAUUUGGUACCGUGUAUGGAGGCAUUCAUCGUAAAAGUGGACGAGCAGUCGCCAUUAAAGUUAUUGAUAAGUUACGUUUUCCUACAAAACAAGAAGCGCAGCUUAAGAAUGAGGUUGCUAUUCUCCAAAAUCUGUCUCAUAGCGGAGUUGUUAAUUUAGAACGAAUGUUCGAAACUCCUGAACGAAUAUUUGUAGUUAUGGAAAAAUUAAAAGGCGAUAUGCUGGAAAUGAUAUUAAGUUCAGAACGUGGCCGUCUUAGUGAAAGAGUAACUAAAUUUCUAAUUACACAGAUAUUAGUAGCAUUGAAACACUUACAUAGCAAGAAUAUAGUACAUUGUGAUUUAAAACCUGAAAAUGUGUUGUUAAGCAGUGAUAACGAAUUUACACAAGUAAAAUUAUGCGAUUUUGGUUUUGCAAGAAUCAUAGGAGAAAAAAGUUUUAGAAGAAGUGUUGUUGGUACUCCAGCAUAUCUAGCACCAGAAGUUUUAAGGAACAAAGGUUAUAAUCGUUCUUUAGAUAUGUGGAGUGUUGGUGUAAUUAUUUACGUAUCGUUAAGUGGCACGUUUCCAUUUAAUGAAGAAGAAGAUAUUAAUGAACAAAUUCAAAAUGCUGCUUUCAUGUAUCCACCUAUGCCUUGGCAAGAAAUCUCGUCUGAUGGAUUAUCAAACAUGGUGUGAUUUACGAGAAUUAGAAGCAAAAGUAGGAUAUCGUUAUUUAACUCACGAAAGUGAUGAUUCCCGAUGGUCAGCAUACAGUAACCAGCGUACAUGACAGAACUCUCUGCCUACAUUAAACAUCGAAACAUUGCCAAAUAAUUUAUCUGUACACAAAGGCUGGGCUCGUAGUGCACGAGCUACAUUGCGACGGUUCAUUCGUGCCUGACUUGACUACAUUUAUGAUAGGGAGUACAACUAUAUUUUUUUUUCAGUAUCGGUAAACUGAUAUGAAAUACUGAUAUGAUAACUCUGUUAUAUAUCUUUCAAAAUAUUUUAUGUAAAAAAAAAAUUAUUACGUAGAAAUUUAUGUAGACUGCGUUGUGUAAGAUAAAACAUUCAACAAAAGAUAGGAGAAAGCAACAGUAAUAUUUUCUUGGAAAUUCUUCGGUAAUUUUAAUAAUGAAUUUGAACGUGUUACAAGGUACUUGGUAUAGAAAUUUUUUAUAGUUGGUAAAGUAUGAAAAUUACUCUAGAGAAUAAUAGAUAUAGUAUUAUCAUGAUAUUUUAGACAAUUAUUUAUUUUAUCAUAAAAUAAAUAAUUGUUUCAUGCUGUUUUAUUAAUGUAACACUUUGAAUAUAUAAUACCAUUUUACAAGUAAUAUACAUAUAUAAGUGUUAAUCUCGUAAAUAACAUAUUUUUCAGCUUAAAAUAGAAAUACAUACAUAGAAUGUUUUAUAAAUGCACAAGAGAUGCUUAAAAUAGAAUAAUUAGAUAUGUCAAACAGUAUGUAUAAAUUAUAAAAUAUAUGUAUAUUUCUUAUAUAUAUAUAUAUAUA